AUGGGUCUCACUGUUGGUAUCUACGCAUAUGAACAGGGGUACCAUAAUGGAAAUGGUCUGUCCGCGGGCCUAGAGGGUCUCUCCAUCACGGUCGAUGUUCUCAUGGAGAAGGGUUCGAUACUUCGGGAACUACAAUCUCCAAGUCAUUCCGUUAAAGUUUCGCUGGGCCGGAUGUCUUCCACCCCUGCCGAUGCCUAUCCUUUUGACCCGUCCAGAGCCUCUGCCAGCCUGCGUCUUGUCGAGGGCGAAAAUGCUUUGUUAGAACGCGACUUUGUUCUAGUCGCCAAGGAUGAUGGGUUGGAUAACCCCCGAGCCCUGCUUGAAGUCCAUUCCACAGUUCCAGGCCAGCGGGCUCUGAUGGCCACAUUGGUUCCCCAAUUCAGCCUACCACCAGCUCAACCAGAAAUCGUCUUCGUGAUUGACCGCAGUGGAAGUAUGAGUGACAAAAUUGUCACAUUACAGGAAGCCCUUCGGAUAUUUCUCAAAUCGCUGCCGAUUGGCAUUACGUUGAACAUUUGCUCCUUUGGGUCCAGCUUUACCUUCCUUUGGCCAACCAGCAGAGUUUACGACGCAUCGAGUCUAAAUGACGCCUUGCACUUUGUGUCCACUAUCAGUGCCAACAUGGGCGGUACGGAGAUGCAAUCGGCCGUCGUUGCCGCUGUCACAAAUCGUCUCAAAGGCAAGGAUCUGGAAGUUAUUCUACUCACUGAUGGUCAAAUUUUCAAUCAACAGCAGCUAUUCAACUUCGUUCCUACAUCCGCCGCCGACAAUACCGCUCGCUUGUUUUCUCUUGCCAUCGGAGACGCCGCAUCCCAUUCGCUCGUUGAGGGUAUCGCGCGAGCUGGAAAUGGCUUCUCUCAGUCUGUGAUUGAAUAUGAAGAGUUGGAUUCGAAGGUAAUAAGAAUGCUGAAGGGUGCACUAAUUCCUCACAUCUUUGACUACACGCUCGAGGUACAGUAUGACGGUAAGGACGAUGAUUUCGAGGCCGUUGAUACCGACGAGCCUAUGUCGGACUCGGAGACCGAAGUUGCAGCCGAGACCCCUGAAGCAUCACCACAAACUACCGUGCAGCAACCUAUCUCCUUCUUCGAUACCAGCUUGAAAGGAUCAGAUGCAGAGUUUGGAUCCCGCCAGCAGGCAGAUGACAAGAAUGUUCCCAAUAUGCUUCCCCCUCGAGCUCUUCAGGCGCCUUACAAAAUUCCAUCCCUUUACCCCUUCAUCAGAACUACGGUCUAUCUCCUGCUAGACCCCAGGUCUUCACAUCGCACUCCAUAA